GAGACACGGCCACAGUUUAGCCUUAGUGUCCGUGUGCGUGACGAUCAGGGAAGAUCAAACUACCCACUGUAGGUUGACCCCUGAGCCUCGGCGUCUCCCCUUCAAGGAUACAGGUUGCACCCCAGGGAUACCAUCGCAGUACUCCUGAAUUCUGCCCAACCUGCCAAGGCCACAAUGUCACAAUUCUGUACAAUGCCAACUGGAGAGAGGAAGAAGCGUGCAGCAGCUAUUUGCCAGGAGGUCCACGGUACCAACGGGUACGUAAUGGAUCUCGGAAAGAAGCUCAGCACUCCCAAGGACAUUAUGUUGGAGGAGUUGUCGUUGCUUUCCAACAGAGGUUCUCGGCUUUUCAAAAUGCGCCAGAGGAGAUCUGAAAAAUAUACAUUUGAAAGUAUACAAAAUGAGGCAAACACACAGCUGAAUAAUGAUAUUUUAGCUCAGAAUGCACACACUGUGGAAAUUAAAGUGGACCCACCGACCGAUGGAAAUGCAGCUAAUCCAGAAAUCAUUGUUUCAGACACAGCUGCAGAGAAGUUAUCAGCCACAGCCAUGCCCAAGUCCUACCACUCCCCGUGGGACCAGGCGCUCCUCAGCGACCCCGACCUCGCCGAAACCCUCAAACUGACGAUGUCGGGACCAGACCCACAACGGGACCCUCCUGAGUACAAAAGCUUUAACCGGGUUGCCACUCCUUUUGGUGGCUUCGACAAAGCUCCCAGAGGAAUCACAUUCAAGCUCCCCGAUUUAGACCUGAACCCGCCCAGGUACCACGAGCUGCAGGAGCCGGCAGUGAAAAGACCCACCUUUAAUCGGAUGGCCCAAGGGUGGAUAUCUGAGGGCGCUCCUCUGAUCCUGCCCACUGUCACCGUGGAGGCCAUUAACAUCCCGGAGUCUGAUGACCUGUAGGUCGUCUAACCGUGUGUAGGCCGGCCACGUGAUGUCAGCUGUUGUGUUGAGUCCCCACGUCUGAUUGAGGAAAAAACACCCUCGUUCACACCUAAGUCACAAUUACUUACUAAUAUUUUGGAUUGAUCCCAUUUAGUGGAGAAAAGAUAUUUUAAACUUUUGUUGACCAGUGCGUUUGGUGUAAACUUAAACUGUGUUCAAAGAAAAUCAUGUAAAUAGCAUAACUCAAGAAGAGUUUCCACUGACACAUACAGCAAAACUGUAAAUUGUAUAAAUGUUCAGUUGAAUUUCAUGAAUACAUAAUGUAAAUAAAGAAUGCAACUUAUUUAUUGAUUAAACACAACUGGAACAUGCAGUGAGUUAUAUUUAGUUAUUGUGAUAAGCAGUCUUCUAUUUAUACUGAUGAUAGAAUGAUAUUACACAAACACGAAUAAAAAUGAAGUGCUCAUUUUUAUUUAUUUAUCAUAUAAAUUCAUAUAAUAAAUAACUCAACGUCAUUUCAUACAAAGCAAAGGAUGAACACAGACAUAAAUAACUCAAGCUGUAAUUUAAAUUAAUCGAAAAUUCAACACAAAAUAAUACAUUAAUAAGGAAAUAAGGAAAGGGAAAGGACCCUUUGAUAGCUCUGAUUUAUUGUGGACUGCAAUUGAAAAAUAUUUUUUUAAAUGAUAUUGGAGCUAUAAGAAACGCUUUUAUAUUGAGGAAAUAACAGGUCACAUCAAAGUGGAAGACUGAGAAAUCUGGACUUUGACCUGCGAUGAAACUAAUGAAUUAAAAACACGGAUAUAGAAACAGUGACUUUGUGUGCCAAUACAUUUAAUAAUUGUACAAAGUUGAUAUAUUAUGGCCUGCCUUGUUUGCAGUGUGAGCAAAUUGAAAUGUUUGUUGUGUGUUGUUUCUUGUCACUGAUGUCCUAAUCCGUGUAACGUGUAUAAUUAUACUGUGUAUGAGUGCAAAAUACACACAAUGUCUGUGAGCUAUAUUUGGGUAUUUUCUGAGAACAUUCAAGCGGCAUGAUUUUACUACAGUUUAAGUGUAUCGCUUUCUCGUAAAUAUUGCAUAACUAACUUUCUAACUAUAGUUUUUAUAGUUUUCUCCACAUCACACAAACAACAAAGAACAAAACAAAGAUCAGAAAGUACAUGUAAGCAAAUAUUUCAAAUAGAAAUAUCAGUGGCAUGAUUUAUUGUUUAUGGAAAUAGCAGUAGAGGGUGUUUAAUGUGUGCAUUCACAGAUAGAUACUUAAUGUACCCCAGAACUAGAAUGCUCCCUAAACAAUAGGCUAAGGUCAGGCUCCAAAUCUUUGCAAAGAUGUUACAUUUCCUUUUCGCUACAUACUGUAUGUAAGUUUCUCUAAGGCGAGGCACUGAAGCAGUCCUUUUAUACAAUCAUGUUUGUUCGGCCUGUGAGCGGAUUUCCAGGCCAUUGAAAUCAUAUGUUUCGCUUUGAGACAAAAUAUGACCAUGUUUCUUUUGCUAUUGUUAAGAGUACAAUUUGCUGGGACACGAUGGCAGUUGUUGUUUGAUACAGACCGAUAUAAUCCCUUUACAGGAAUCUUGAAACAGGGUGCAAGACGCAGUGAGCCAAGCUACCUUUAUGUAUGCCACAUUUAACAGUCCGCUGACAUAAUAUAUCAUUUUCAUUCUCAGAGAGAAGGGAGAUACAGCAAAAUCUAAUUGAAGGCCAAAGUAGGAGCUCUUGAGCAAACAUUAUGCAUGACUAUCAUUUCUCCCAAAAGUCGACAAUCCAAAUACUUUGUAUUUUCAUUUACACAGAAUGUUCUGUUGGUCAAUUCAUUUCUUUGUUUUGUUUUGAGACUGUGAGAAAGCUGACAGGUUUGACGAGGUUGUUCACUGAGUAUUAUGUCUUAUAUACAUGUAGCAGGUAGAGUAUGUGUUAUUGGGGACAGAACCCAACCCAAACUGCAUAUUAAAGAUUUA